AUGUACGCCAGCCAACCCAUCGGCGGCGCGGAAGGUGCCACAAUCAACCCUGCCGCCCUCAACUCUCCCGUACUCCCCUCACCUCUUUCCACGAGUCGCGCGAAACGAACCCGAUCUCCAGACACUUUUCGCGCUGCGCAACCCGUCCCUGACGGAGCCUCUCUGGCCCAGUCCAAACGAGCCAACUCCAUGAAGCCUCACUCGGGAGAUGUUUCUGAGGCGGCGGCCCAGCCCUCUGUCGCUGCCGCCGCCGUUCCAACUCUUCCUCCUCCCCAGACGCCGCAGUCCCAGGCUACAUCUCUUCCCAGCCAGCCCACGCCAGCAUACUCCGGAGGCGGCGCCCCUCCUAAGACGACCCCCACCAAAUCAACUCUCAAGGCUCUGCCCACCGUUCGCGACCACACAACCGACCAACUCAAUCCAGCGGGCGAUGAGUACAUCCCAAGAGAAGUCGACGAAUUCGGCGAGAAGAAGGUCAUGGCUAAUGGCCAGCUUCUGGGCAACCGUGUCUACCGCUGCAGAACUUUCCUAGUGCCUAACCGUGGUGACAAGCUCUUUAUGCUAGCCACCGAGUGCGCCAGAGUUCUCGGCUACAGGGAUUCAUAUCUGCUCUUCAACAAGAAUAGGUCUCUCUUCAAGAUCAUCGCCAGCCAAGCUGAAAAGGAUGACCUUGUCCAGCAGGAGAUUCUCCCCUUCUCGUACCGAUCCCGUCAGAUUGCCAUUGUCACAGCCCGAUCCAUGUUCCGCCAGUUUGGAAGCCGCGUCAUUGAAAACGGUCGCCGUGUGCGUGAUGACUAUUGGGAGACCAAGGCCCGCAAGCAGGGCUUCACCGAAAAUGAUCUUGCCGGCGAGAAGCGUCCCGGAGCUGCCAAGGCCCGCGAGGCUGCCGAAGCCCAAAACAAUGUCAUGCUCACUGGACCUCACACUGAGAUUGUCUACAACAAUGCCCCAGGACCCUAUCCCGGCGCGCCGCAGCCUCACAUCGUCCAACCAGGUAUGCUGGGAGGCCCUGGAUCUACCACGAGGAUGCCCACGUUAACAGUCGCUCCAGACCUCAAUGAUAACCGCCCCAGGGACUACUCGGGAAUCGUUAGACGCGGCCCGCGUCAGGAAAUCACUGGACCGGCUUAUCAGGAUCAAACACGACCUUCUCCCGUCAUGGAAUUGCACUCCCAGACUCACCACGCCGCCGAAUUUAACAGGUCCGUCAACCAGCAGCGUGAUAUGCGUGGCGACUAUCUCCAGGGCAUAUGGCACCGGCCUCACGAGCAACCCCCUUCUAGCCUCACACAGCCCGUUGGUACCUCGGAUACCGUUCCCACCACCCGCGCCACUGCGUCUCCCCAUGCUACCGCUGCAGGUCUGCCUCAGCCCGGCGGAGUCGCUUCUCGAUCCCCUCAGAUGAUGAUGACAAACGCUCCCUACUCUCAGGGUAUCAGUGCCCAGAUGGGACAAGGCAUGAGACAAGGAUCUACCGGUAGCAUCAACGCUGGGCAACCUGGCUAUAAUUACCAGUCCGGACAAAUGUGGUCGCAGAACCCUCAAGCUGCCCAAGCUGCCCAAGGCGCUGCUUAUGGAAGCUACACCGCCCAGGGCCAGCAACCGCAUCCAUCGCAGUCACCAGCCUCUAUUCGCCAGCCUGGAAGUGGCCAAUUGCAAAACAUGCAAUUUCCGCCCAUGGGAGCUCUGCCACAAUAUGGAGCUCAGCAAGGCAUCUAUCCGGCUGAUCAGACACCUAGACAGUACAUGCAGCAGCCUGGUACCGCCCAGCCGGGCGUUGGACAAGCAUGGCAGGGACAACACUCGCCUUCCCAGCAGCAGCAGCAGCAGCAGCAACAGCAGCAGCAUUGGUGGAACCCAACUCAACAGCCGCAAUAA